AUGUGGUAUCUUCUCUAUUUUGUGGUGGCGGCCAACUCUCUCGCUUUCGCUUUCCCCUCAGCGACAGUUCCCAACGACAGGCAAAACGCCCUGUUCGUAAUCCCAGAACCUACCAAGCUACCCUUGGAAGAUGGGCUUGCUCGGAGGCUUGUUCGUCGGGCCACCACCCAACAGGCCGAAGCCACGAUCUGUGGUUACUAUGCAGGUUCCAAACAGUCCCGCUUAGCUUGUUACAAUAGCAAUGCCUGUGUCUUUCAUUCUUCGAACGCCAAUUUCCCCGCUAUGGCGGGUUGCUGUCCGACUGUCUCCACCAUCACGACUUGCACUUUCAUCAGCACUUGCUACGGUAGUUCUCAGUUUUCGGCAACCCCUUCCCUUCGCCCCUAUUCCAAUGAUCCGUUCGUGAUGUUGUGCACUGGCAGCCAGGACCCGCACUGCCAUACCAGGACGUGGCCUGAUCUCUCGAUAGCGGAUUACCAAUGUACCUAUUCAGGCACCUCCUCAGGGGCCGAAACAAUGUUUACCAUCGGCUCCCUGACCGAUGUCAAGGACGAGAAUGACCAGAUUACGGAAACCAUGUCGAUUUCCUGGGUCGACGACUCGGUGUUGUUAGCCAUUCGGGCUGCCUCUGCCACAAUCACUUCAGAUCCUGAAACCGCGACUCCCAGGACGGCGGCAACGGAGAGCAAUACCGCGCGACCAGGAGACGACGGCGACGACGAUAACUCUGAAGAUUCAGCCUCAAAGCCCCCAAUAGGGCCAAUUGUUGGCGGCGUCGUCGGCGGCGUCGGCGGCGUGCUCGUCCUUGUUAUCGUCCUGGUGUUCGUUUGGAGAAGAUCGAAGCGGAAACCAGCUACGGCUACAGCGGAGACGGCCGCGGGUAAGACUGACUCGGAGCCACCAUCGCCCUUGGAUGGCGAUCUGGGACCCGUGAUUCAUGAAAUGCAUGGCGUUGAUGCCCACCGAAGACAUGAGCUAAUGCCGGAACGAACGUAUGUGGAACUGCCUGAACCGGAGGUGCGACACCAGGUGGAAUAA